CGGCACCGGGAGCGGCCCCGCGAUGCCACCGCUGCCCGCCUGGCUCUGCCUGGCCGCGCUGCUCCUGCCGCUGUCCCUGGCAGCCCCGGGCGCUGCCGGUGCCUGCCCCCGCUCCUGCCGCUGCCCCGGGGCCGGGAUAUUGCUCUGCCGGGAGCCCGACACCGUGAGCAGCCUGGCCUCGCUGCUGGGGGGCCGCAGCUUCACCGACGUCGUCAUUGAGAACCAGCCGGAGCUCACGACCUUGACCCGAGCUGACACCAGGCUGCUGCGGGACCUCAGGAACCUCACCAUCUCCAGCUCGGGGCUGCAGCACAUCUCUGCCGAUGCCUUCCUGGACACCCCCAGGCUGAGCCACGUGAAUCUCUCCUCCAAUGCACUGCAAAGCCUUUCCUGGAAAACCUUCUGGCAUCUGCCCCUGCAGGAGCUCAUCUUGGUGGGAAAUCCCUUCAACUGCUCCUGUGGCCUGCGCUGGCUGCAGCUGUGGCACAACAGCAGCCGGGCCGAGCUGGGCAACCAGUCCCUGCGCUGCUGGGAGGGCACUGUGCCCGUGCCCCUGGGCAGCCAGGCUCUCCCUGCCUGUGACCCCCCGAGCGUCCGCAUCGAGCCCCCCGAGGCGGUGCUGCGCCAAGGGGACAGUGUCAACCUCACCUGCCACAUCAGCGCCAGCCCACCGGCCACCGCGGAGUGGGUGGUGCCCGAGGUGGUCCCCGAGGUGGGACCCGAGCUGCUCGCUGUCACCAAGCUCUCAGACUGGGAGAUCGUCCUGGAGAUCAACAACGUCUCCUCCCACCUCAACCACAAGGACUUGGUGUGCCGGGCAGAGAACGCGGCGGGGCUGGCAGAGGACAGCGUGAUGCUGAACGUCACCUUUCCCCCCGUGAUUCUGCUGCUGGACACGGCCAUCCCGCGGCAUUCCUGGUGCAUCCCCUUCUCCGUGGACGGCUACCCCGUGCCCAGUAUCCACUGGCUCUUCAACGGCACCCACCUGCUGGAGGGGCCCUACAUCCACACCCUCAUCAUGGAGUACGAGCACAACUCCACCGUCCUCCACGGCUGCCUCCAGCUCAACCGUCCCACCCACGUCAACAACGGCAACUACACCCUGGUGGUGCACAACGCCCUGGGCUCGGCCUCGCGCAGCGUCCACGUGCGCUUCAUGGACAACCCCUUCAGCUUCAGCCCUGAGGAGCCCAUCCCCGGCACCAGGAACAGCUCGCUGGAGGGGCCUGUGGAGACAAAGGAUGAGCACACGUUUGGGGUCUCGGUGGCCGUGGCGCUGGCUGUGUUCGCCUGCCUCUCCCUCUCUGUCAUGCUCAUCCUGCUCAACAAGUGCGGGCGCCGCUCCAAGUUCGGCAUUAACCGCUCAGCGGUGCUGGCCCAAGAGGAUGACCUGGCCAUGUCCCUGCACUUCAUGAACCUGGGCAGCAGCCCCCUUUCCUCGGCCGAGAGCAAGCUGGAGGGGCUGAAGAGCAACUUCAUCGAGAACCCCCAGUACUUCUGCAACGCCUGCGUGCACCACGUGCAGCGGCGGGACAUCGUGCUGAAGUGGGAGCUGGGCGAGGGCGCCUUCGGGAAGGUUUUCUUGGCCGAGUGCUACAACCUCCUCCCGGAGCAGGAGAAGAUGCUGGUGGCUGUGAAGGCGCUGAAGGAGGUGACGGAGAGCGCCCGCUUGGAUUUCCAGCGCGAGGCCGAGCUGCUGACGGUGCUGCAGCACGAGCACAUCGUCAAGUUCUACGGCGUGUGCACGGAGGGCGAGCCCCUCAUCAUGGUCUUCGAGUACAUGAAACACGGCGACCUCAACCGCUUCCUCAGGUCCCACGGCCCAGACGCCAAGAUGCUGGAGCAGGGCCCGGGGCAGCCGCGGGGGCCGCUGGCGCUGGGCCACAUGCUGCACAUCGCCACGCAGAUCGCCUCGGGCAUGGUCUACCUGGCCUCCCUGCACUUCGUGCACCGCGACCUGGCCACCCGCAACUGCCUGGUGGGCCACGACCUGGUGGUGAAGAUCGGCGACUUCGGCAUGUCCCGGGACAUCUACAGCACUGACUAUUACCGGGUGGGGGGCAGGACCAUGCUGCCCAUCCGCUGGAUGCCUCCUGAGAGCAUCCUGUACCGCAAAUUCACCACCGAGAGCGACAUCUGGAGCUUCGGCGUGGUGCUCUGGGAGAUCUUCACCUACGGGAAGCAGCCCUGGUACCAACUCUCCAACACGGAGGCCAUCGAAUGCAUCACGCAGGGCCGGGAGCUGGAGCGGCCCCGCACGUGCCCCUCCGAGGUCUAUGCCAUCAUGCAGAGCUGCUGGCAGCGGGAGCCCCAGCAGCGCCAGCCCAUCAAGGAGAUCCACAGCCGCCUCCAGGCCCUCGUCAAGACACCCCCGGUGUAUCUGGACAUCCUGGGCUGAGCGGGGACCCCCAGGCACCCUCUGCUCCCUGCUGUUCCCCUGCCUGCCCUGCUGCCCAGGGCCACGGCUUUGCCCCACGCAGCCCUGGACUGAUGCCCCGAGGCGGGAGAAGCCUGAAAUCUUAUUUAUAGUGAGGAAUGCCAGCCCUCUCCCGGGGUGGGGGGGCUGGAGGGCCGGGCUGGGGGACCCCCAGGGCUGUGGCCCUGCUGCCUGGCUCCUUGGCAUGCCCACCGUGCCAGGAUGGAGGCUCUUGGCUGAUGUGGGGGGCAGAGCUGGGAGACCCCAGCACGGGGUCGGUGCCAGCAGGAGCUGGGGGGGCUCAGCUCACCUGGGGGAGUUGGCAUUGCCCCAUGCUCGCCCGCUCUGCA